AUGCCCCUGAUAUUCGGCCUUCUCAUGCUAUCUACAUUCUCAUCCUUAAUUAUGCUUCGGCGCACUCGCUUUGAGCGACUUCACCUUGACACCCUGAGCAUCGUGGUUAUCUCUAUGGUGUGCGUUCCAGCCUUCACCGCGCUCGUAUACAUGGCCGGGAAAUACAAUUUAAUGCCGCUUCAAGGGGUUGUUGAGAUGAACGAGUUUGGAUGUUGCACUCAGGGCUUGGUGUUUCCGAGGGAGAGUGUGGAUGGUCUUAUCGAAUUUCUGGCUGCCAGAGUACAUGGUCAGACGGAUUCCAUGAUAGAGGAAUACGCUGAUCAGAGCCAGUUGAUUCGAUAUGCUCUGGCACCGCCUCAGCUGCAGCAUGUGGGAUUGAAGUCCAGCCGGAACAAUCUUGACAUCAAUACGCAGAGUACGUGGGCAUUUUGGUUUGAGACCAAUGAUCCGGCCAGAUUGAGAAGGGACCAUGCUGCACUUUUGGAAGAUGACGAAGUGAAGAGGCUGUUGAACAUAUAG